AAUGUCUCAUGCUUCUUCUUCCAAAAUUUGCAAGUACAAUGUCUUUUUGAGUUUUAGAGGAGAAGAUACACGUAGAACUUUUGUAAGUCAUCUACAUAAGGCUUUGGAACAAAGUGGAAUCCGCAUUUUUAAAGAUGAUGAGCGAUUAGAAACGGGAAAAUCAAUUUCUGAUGAACUUUUAAAAGCCAUAGAAGAGUCUAAAAUUGCUAUAGUGAUAUUUUCAAAAAGCUAUGCAUCGUCAAGAUGGUGCUUAGAGGAGCUUGCACACAUCAUAAAGUGUAAAAAUGAAUUGGAGCUGAUAGUGAUUCCAGUUUUCUAUGAUGUGACUCCAUCAGAUGUGCGCCAUCAAAAUCCCCCUUUUGCUGAUUCAUUUUUACAAUACAAAGAUGAUAUGGACAAGGUUCAGAGAUGGAGGGCUGCAUUUGUGGAGGCAGGGAAAAUAGCAGGACUGGUAAUUGGGCCUAAUUCUCAUGUAAUUGGGCCUAAUUCUCAUGCUGAAGGAGUGAUUUCUCUAUGCAAGUUCUACUCAUCAACUGGUGUCUGCAUGUUUGGGAUCUAUGGGAUGGGUGGCAUUGGUAAAACAGCUGUUGCCAAAGCCGUCUACAAUCAAAUCUACAGGGCGUAUGAAGGUUUCUCCUUUGUGGCUCAUGUAAGAGAGCGCUCGGAAAAUAACAUGCUUCACAACCUACAGGAACAACUUCUAUCUAAGGUUCUAAAAAGAGAGAACUUUAAAGUCCAAUAUAAUGUUGAUAAGGGAAAAUGCCUAAUCCAAGACAGACUUGCUCAGAGGAAGGUCCUCAUUGUUCUGGAUGAUGUCGAUGACAUGAGCCAGAUAAAAGCAUUGGCGGAAGAGAGAAGUUGGUUUGGUUCGUGGAGCAUAAAAAUUAUAACAACAAGAAAUGAGAAUUUGCUAGAUGAUGUUGGAGUAGACUAUAAGUACGAGGUAACACGGUUGGAUGAUUUCUCUUCCAAGCGACUCUUUUGCUUUCAUGCUUUCAAGUCUACUGUACCCGAGAAUUUGGAUCAUGAGUUGGUGAAUGACAUAGCAAGUCUAGGUGGAGGGGUUCCUUUAGCACUCGAAGUUUUGGGCUCUCUUUUGCAUAAAAAGGACGAUCAAACAUGGAGAAGUACCCUCGAGAGCUUGAAAAAUCUUGCUCAUCACAGUAGUAUUCACAAAGCACUCAAAGUAAGCUAUGACUCACUUGAUGAUAACUCUAAGGAGAUUUUCCUUGACAUUAAUCAUUUGUGGAUGCAUGAUUUAGUUCGAGAUAUGGCUAGAGAAAUUGUUCAUCAAGAGUCACUUAAAGAGCCUCAUAUGCGCUCUAGGUUGUGGUUUCAUGAAGAUGUCCAUUAUGUUCUAGAAAAGAACAAGGGUAGCGAACGGAUAGAAGGCAUCAGCGCCAACCAUCCCAGAGUGAAAGAUUUAACUGUUGACACAAAGUCCUUUGCAAGAAUGGAUAGGUUGAAAAUAUUUCAAGCAAAAGGAAUGAAUUUUACUGGAAGCUUCAAAAAUUUGUUUGAGGACUUAAGAUGGCUAAGUUGGCAAAAUUUCCCUUGGAAAUGUUUACCUACUGAUAUUCAUCUAACCAAACUUGUGGCUCUGGAAAUGCAAUAUAGCAACAUCAUGGAAGUUUGGCAAUCCACCAUCAAGCCCCUGGAAAACCUGGCAUAUCUAAAUCUCAGUCAUUGUCAACGACUAAAGCGAACUCCUGAUUUUUCAAGGGCAAUAAGUCUUGAGACAAUAUUGUUUACAGGUUGCUCCGAGUUGGGUGAGAUUGAUUCAUCAAUAAAAUAUUUGGUGAAACUUGUUUACUUAAAUCUGGAAGACUGUGUAAGCCUCAAGAAUCUACCAAGCAACAUUUGCAAGCUAGAAUCACUUCAACAUCUAAAUAUGUCAGGUUGCUCGGGUCUACAACAACUGCCUGCUGAUUUGGGACACUUGAAAAACCUAAGAAGCUUAUCAUUACAAGGAUGCAACAGAAGUUUAAAGGCUCAAUCUUGGCUGACUUCUAUUUUAUCUUAUGUACCAUGGGCAGGAAGUAGUUCAUCGUGUCCAGAGAGGUUGUUGCCACAUUCCCUUUCCCGUUUAAGUCACUUGACGGAGCUCAAUCUCAACGAUUGUAGGCUUUCAGAAGCAGAUGUUCUCACCAAUCUUGGGAGUUUAACCUCAUUGGAAUACUUGGAUUUAGGAGGAAAUGAUUUUUACACUCUCCCAUCAUCCCUCUUUUGCGACCUAUCUGAGCUACAGUGUCUUGUCCUGGAUAAUUGCAAGAAUCUUCAAAUUCUCCCACUACUUCCUUCUAAUCUGCAAGUGCUCCAUGCAAAUGAUUGUUCAUCCAUUGAAAGUCUAGACAUGUCCAAUUACAGGAUACUGCCACAGCUCUAUGUAUCUAAUUGUGACAUAUUGUCCGAGAUUAAGGGCAUGGAAACUAUCGAAAAUGUUGAAUAUGUUCGCAUAGAGAGCAGUAGCCAGCUGGCAAGACGUUUCUUUAAUGAAAGUUUCUUCCAGCUGACGGGAGAAUGUGAUAAAGAUCUUCCUUAUCCAAGCAGCUACUAUAUUGCAGGUAGCGAGGUUCCAGAAUGGUUCAGCAACCGAAACAUAGGAUCUAAUAUAACCUUAACAAUGCCACCAAACAUAGAACAUAACUUCCAGGGAAUGAUCCUUUGGUCUAUCUACCAGUGCAAAUACAAUGGAGUUUUUCAAUAUGGUCCUGUCAUAGAGGUCGGUGAUCAGACCAAUAAGGUUACAUGGGUCCUUUACUUCCCCAGUAUUACUGUAACCGCUGACAAACGUUCUUGGGUGACCUUCAUACCACGAGAUUACUUUUGUCCUGCUUUAGAAGGUGGAGAACAAAUCAUAUUUUCGUUCAGUAUCAGAGAGCAAGGAUUCACAGGGUUAAAAGUGGCAAAGUGUGGCGUCCAUCCACUCUAUGCAACAGCAGGAAGAACAUUGCCAAAACUCGAGUUUCGAGAUCCUCGGAGUAAUUUUGAGGAAAGGAGGUUGAUACCCUUGUGGAGACAAUCAUCCAUUGCUGAAGUAGGACAUGUUAUGUCAUAUAAUCUUAAUAAUGGCACUGAUGAUCAGCACAUUCAGAAAGUCAUAUUCAGCGGCCUUCGUCUUUCAGAAGCUGGUGAUGGGACAUCUUUAUUUCACAACAUCAUCGGCACACCUUUCCAUGUAAAUCACGCCAGAUUUUGCAGGAAGCAUAUGACCAUAGUCGACGGAAUACAGACGAUUGGCGAGAUCUAUUUUGCGACGUGGUAG